AUGACCUCUUUUAAUAAAUUACCUCCCGAGCUUUUCGGAGAGCUAGCAAAGUUUAUGCCCUCUCGAGAUCUCAAGAAUCUCAGUUGCACAAGCAAGCUGAUUCGCGACAACCUGAUUCAUAUUCUCUUCACCAACUUGGCAAUCACAUGUCCGUUGGCUUCUGACAAGGGCUUGGAUGCUUUUAUCAACAAAUGGGGAGGCUUGGUCUCGCGCGUUCACUUGCAUCUGCGUCUAAUCCCAAACACAAGCGAUGAGGAUGACAUAAUCAUACCGUCGCUAUGGGGGACACCGCCAUCACAAAUGCUCAAGAAAAUCGUCCAGGGUCAGCUUCUGCCGCACAUCGACACCUUGAGCGUGAGAUUUGACCCAGAGCAGUUCGAGAGCACGGGCUCAUGGGAUGGGGAUGGAUGGUGGGGUGAUCCUUCGGACCUAGGGACCAUCUAUACUUUCGAAGAAUCAGAAGAUCAGGAACGUACGCUACAACAAGAGGCAGAAUUCAUCUGGCGAGCUCAAUACACAGAGUUCUUCAAAGAUGUCUCAGCAAAUCAGAACAUCAGGCACUUUACAAUCUCGAAUCUGCUCCCCCGAAACUCGUCAGUUUGGGAAACGCAAGAGUGGAAGACAUUUUUAGGGAGACUGGAAGAAUUCGAUGUCAGUGUGUUUGGCGGCGACAAUGGUGCUGGGUGGAGAGCCAAUUCACUACCAGGGUUUGCCGAGUUUAUCGAGAGUCUGCCAAACUAUUUCAUGCAGCAUGCAACAAAUGUGGUUCGCCUAAGGAUCGAAGCACAUCCGUGGGGUUUAUUUGGAUGUGCCGGUGAUUGUGGUAUCCGUCUUCCUCUAAGAAGCGACAACUUCCCUUCCCUUCGGUCACUAACACUUAAGAACGUCCUGAUCGGAAUUGAGCUGAUCGAAUUUCUCAUGAGCCACGGUGAUGGCUUGAAGGAGCUCACGAUGGUAGACUGCAUGUGCGUUGAGGGGUGGCCAAGAGAUGCUACACCUGCUUGGGCCAACCUCUGGCAAACCCUUCGCGUCGACUGCAGUAACAUAUCCAAGGUCUCAGUUGUGCGAACGCAGACCCCACCCCUUGCACACAUGGAAGGCUUUGAAGGCUACGAACCAAGUCCAGAUUCGGAAAGCGCCAGUAAGAUACGCAAGAUGCUCAAAGAAGACGAAAGCUUGGUGUUGUGGAGAUAUGUUGCUGUUAACACCAAGUAUGGGAUGGUGUUUGAGGUCGAAGAGAGAAAUAUUUUGUGUUUUGAGGCAGGCGAAGAUCAAAAAGAGUAUUCCAUGCUCUUAGAUGUGAUUCGGGAGCGGAACAAGAACACUCUGAUUGAGUCAUGA